AUGGCUUUGUACUCUAUCAGUAUUAAUUUGUUGGUGUAUGUAAUCUUGGCAUUACACCAUCCGGACGGCAAGGUUUUUCGAGAUAACCUGAUGCCCCCCAUGGGCAUUAGGCAGUGGGCCACCAUGCCUCACAUUGAACUGAACACCAACACCAUCAACUUCCAUCAACGACCCUGGACCACACAGAACACCAACGAGACCAAUGGACACAGUUUGCACAAGGGCACUGGAGAGGCUUGUGUUAUGGUCAGCUUGGAACCCACUGCUACCCGGGUAACUACAAACAACACUUACCAACUCAGUGGCCUUGUCGUUAACGUGUCCGCCCUGAGAUUGGAAGGUCAGGUGGUUUAUCCGCGGUCCAAUCAUACCAAAGACUCUAAAAAUGGGACCCGGUGCCUCUCAGUUUGGCACACAUUAAGGAGAUGGAUUGGGGGUAAGGCCCAGCGACAGACUUGUGUCCUAUCCAGGGGGUGUACAUCAAGUUGCCUCAUGCUACAAAAACAGGAGAUAGGCUCCUGCCCUAUGGGCCAUUGUGGCUUGGACAAGGCCACCACCACCCAGACCAGAAACAGUAUUGACCAGAAAUACAGAGAUGUUAGUGCUUUGCACCAGACAACCGGUGAUUCUACGGCCAGCCUCAGAACGUUUCGCACCCGAGUAGCUGAGCUCAGGAGUUGGGAGAGAGCGGGAGCUAGUGAGCUUGUGUGGAAGAAGAUGGUGGAAGUGAUUAAUGGGGCAGACGAGAGGAAAGAGGCUGCACGCUGCAUGUUUCUGGCUCUCUGCUGCUGGUUGUAUGGAAUGGGCCUGCUGCUCACCAUCAGUGUGAGAGGACUACUGCAGGUAAUGUGAUGUGAAAGAGAGAUUAGGGGUAUGAGGGGGUCUGAGAAAGGCUUUAAGAACAACAAUAGAAUAGGUCUAAAUAGUGACAUUUACCCAUUGUAGUUAUAUAUAUAUAUAUUGCCUAAGCUGACAUACAGUAUUACUUACAUGUCACUAUAAAGACUUAAGAAAUCACGACAAUGUUAUCAAUUCAUUUGACCUUGGAGCAUGAAUUAAAAUAAUGGUUUUGUUUUCCUAAUAAGACUAAGUUUAUUUUCUUUCCAUAGAUAAUGGUUGCAUUAGAGCUCCAUGGAGAUGAACACAAGGAGAGAGGAGCUGAGAGGGAGACAGACAGCUGUAAAGAUGCUCAAACUGCUCCCGUGUUGGUGACCCCCCGUGGUUCAACCAAGAAGAGAGCCCGCCGCCGCCGCCGCCGCCGCCGCCGCCGUCAGUCCAACAAGGGGAAACACUGA